AAAACGAAGGCAUGAUAUGAACAAAAGACAAGACGCACUCUGUCCUGUUCUGGUUGCCAUGACCGAGGUGUGCAGGCCUGGCUUGGUCAGAGAGCAGGUGCCACUUUGCUGAAGUCUGCUGUCCCAAUGAGCAAGGCAGGCAACCCACAGAGACGCACCACCUACCUCAUUUCCCUCACUCUGGUGAAGGUUGAGGCUGUGCCAGAGGAUGUAGCAGAGAACCAGAGAGAGGCUCUUCCAGAGGGGGAAGGGAGCCCUAAGAAGGAGGAGGAGGAGGAGGAGGUGAGCAAUGCCCCUGAAAAGGAUGAAGAACCUGUAUGUAUACAAGUGGGUGAAAUCGAAAACACACUGGUGGGAGAAGAAGUGGAACAGGUGCAGUAUUGCAAGUAUGGCAGCCCCAUUGAAAACUGGGGAAAGCCUGAGAGGAGAGAAAAUCAUGGACACCAAAAAGACAUUGUAUCAGUUGGUCAAAGCAAAGACACUUCUUUUGUGCAUCCCCCUGCAAGGCAAAUGGUCAAAGUGUAUGGAGGACCCUCUGAGGGCGCUGUACGCAGAGAGGGGCCUCGCUCGGAGGCCAUGCGCCCCAAGACGGAGCUCUACCGAGAGCCUCCCAUGCUGUUCCUAAAAGGCGAAAAUGGAGCAGACCUGAACAUUCGAUCACGUUGCAGCCUCCCUUUUUCCAUCCCACCGCAGGUCAGCCAGCGUCCGGAAGUCCUGAUGAGGUCACAUGCAGGAGGCAACUCUGCAUGCUGGAGGGAACUCAGAGAGGCCAAUACAGGCCUGUAUCACUCUGCUAGGACUUUGGAUCGAAGGGAUAACCGCUUCGGGGACCAGUCCCCCUCAAUGGCAGCUACAACUCUGGGGCCUUACAGGGCGUCAUGGGCCGACAGCGACGGCAGGGGCACGCUCAUUCGCCCCGGAGCUCCCAUCAGCGGAGGGUUUUCAGGCAUAAUGGCCAUGGACAGCCCUCAGGGGGAGAGAUUUAAGACUGUCUCUGUUUCCUUGCCUGCACCUCCUGCCAUUGACGUGUACAGGUCUCAAAGAAAAGGUACAAAUCGUACCCUGGACAACAGCGACCUAAAUUCCCUCUCUGAGGACCUGAAGAAGGGCAAGGAAGGCCAGGGAGGAACAAUCCAGCGCGCUCCUCCCCGUGACAGAAAGAUGCUCAAGUUCAUUAGUGGCAUUUUCACUAAAAGCACAGCAGUGCCCGCCAGCGUCAGCACCACACCUCCGCUCUACCCUGCAGUGGAAAGGGGCUCGAGUGAGGAGGAAGCUGCAUGCACCAGCAGUCAUGAAUGGACCCUGAACCAAACUGUCCAGGAGCUUCACCUGGGUGUUUUGGGAGGUCUGUGCAGUGGGAAGUCUGCUCUGGUCCACAGACACUUGACAGGAAGUUACCUUCAGCUGGAGAAUGCUGAGGGGCGCCAAUACAUUAAGGACGUCCUCGUUGAUGGACAGAGCCACCUGUUGAUAAUCAGAGAGGAGACAGAACUCCCGGGUGCUCAACUUGCAACUUGGUUGGAUGCCGUUAUCUUGGUCUUCAGUUUGGAAAAUGAGGCCAGCUUCCAGGAAGUUUACAGCAUCUACCACCAGCUGGCCGCCCACCGGCCCGUUUCUGAGAUACCUUUCAUAGUAGUUGGUACUCAGGAUAAGAUUAGCAGCACCAACCCCAGAGUAAUAGAUGAUACCAGGGCCAGGCAGCUCUGCUCAGAUGUGCGGCGCUGCACAUAUUAUGAAACCUGUGCAACGUACGGCCUCAAUGUGAACCGAGUCUUCACUGACGCUGCUCAGAAGAUCAUGGCAGCCAAGAAGCAAGCUGCUCUUCUGGCUUCCUGUAAAUCUCUCCCAAACUCUCCCAGUCACUCUGGAGGCUCCACCCCAGUGUCGGGUGUCUUUCCAGGACAGGCCAGUAACGGUGGUCAGAGCAGCGAUUACUCUUCAUCCCUUCCCUCAACUCCUGUGAUCAGUCACAAAGAAAUCGGCAAAACAGUGAGAGGGGAAAAGCAGGACAGUGCCACGCCUGGGUCCGUCCGCAGUGCCACCCGGAGACGCACCUCCAGAUUUGUGGGUCGGAGAGGUAGUGACUCAAACAGAAGGAGUGCAGACUGUAAGGGAGAUCUGGGAAGUGGACGCUCCAUUCCAACCAAACAGGGCAUCUUGCUAAAGCGCAGCGGGCACUCGCUCAACAAAGAGUGGAAGAAGAAGUAUGUCACACUGUCCAAUGAUGGCAUACUGUCCUAUCACUCCAGUGUCAAUGACUACAUGCUGAAUGCACCCGGCAAGGAGAUGGACUUGCUGCGAGUGGCGGUGAAGGUACCAGGAAAACGACCACCUCGUGCCGUACCUGCCUGCUGCCUUCCAGUCGGGCUCAACGGGCGCGUUAAAGACGCGCCGGGACCUGAGGGUGUCAACCCAGUCCCUGUAAGCGCCAGCAGCCUCCUGCAAGUGGAGGAAAUGGAAGGGCUGGGUGGGGCACUGUUUCUGAGGGGCAACCGAGGCGUGCAGCGAUGUCCUUCUACACUCUCCAACCACGCUCAAAGUGUUGACUCUGCAGUCGAAGGUGUGUCCAGCUCAUCGUCCACUAAAGACAUAGGUUCCUCAUCCCCGUUGACGGACAGGAAGAAGCAUCGCAGAAAGAAGAGCAUGAACCAGAAAGGAGAUGCAAACAUUGGACAGGCAGAUGCAAAGCGCAAAAUGUGGAAACUUAAAAGCUUUGGUAGCUUAAGAAACGUAAGCAAGACAGAUGAGGAUAACUUUGACUUCCUCAUCGUGUCGAGCACCGGCCAGACGUGGCACUUUGAAGCCCAGAGUGUGGAGGAGAGGGACUCCUGGGUCCAAGCUAUUGAGAGCCAGAUCCUGGCCAGCCUGCAGCUGUGUGAGAGCAGCAAAAAUAAGGCCCGCAAGAACAGCCAGAGCGAAGCAGUGGUUCUGCAGGCGAUCCGCAACGCAAAGGGAAACAACUUCUGUGUGGACUGUGAUGCUCCAAAUCCAACCUGGGCCAGUCUGAACCUCGGCGCUCUCAUAUGCAUCGAGUGUUCAGGGAUCCAUAGGAACUUGGGGACCCACCUGUCGCGUGUGCGCUCGCUAGACCUCGAUGAUCUGCCACGAGAGCUCACGCUGGUUCUCAGUGCCAUCGGCAACUACAUGGUCAACAGCAUAUGGGAGGCUCGCACGCUGGGCAGCCGUAAACCGGCACCUCAUGCUACACGUGAGGAACGGGAGUUGUGGAUAAGAGCCAAAUAUGAGCAGAAACGGUUUGUGGCACCGUUGCCCCCUCCCACUCCUGGCGAGGGCCCAGACAUCACACUAUCUGGCCGUCUUCUUCUGGCAGUGAUGGAGCACAACCUUCCCAAGCUGCUGCUCCUUUUGGCCCACUGCACUAAGGAGGACAUUAAUGCCCCUCUCAGCCUGGCGCUCUCCUGCAGGUCACUCUUAGCGCUGCGGCUGCCCGGCUCGGCCCUGCACGCCGCCUGUCAGCAGGCCGAUGUGGUGGUGACGCAGCUUCUUGUUUGGUAUGGCUGUGAUGUUCGGCACCGGGAUGUUCAGGGGCACACAGCUCUGGUUCUGGCUCGCAGUGCUGGCUGCCAGGAGUGUGUCGAUAUCUUACUCCAGUACGGAUGCCCAAAUGAACCGGCCUCCUCCUUGUCUGUCGGCAAGACAGUUGGUUUUGCAGCAGCUGCCCCACCCAGCUUCCCUGUUGCCAUGCCGCCGAGCCUGGCGGUUGCCACAACACUCAAGAUCUCGCAGCACAAGAGCAGCGGCGCCAGCUUGAGUUACAGCACCUCUAGAAGAGCUGUGUCAUAAUCGAAAUGUGGUGUGGUAAAGUGUGUGUGUUUUUGUGAAAGAGAGAGUGUGUCGCUUUGGCCUCAUACUGUCCUGUUCCUUCUGCAGGACUGUUGAACAUGUGGCCAGAUGUUGCACUCCCUGAGGUUUUAAAGAGUGUGUGUGUGUGUGUAUCUGGGAUGAAAACACACACUGGUAACAUCACAAGUAACAACACAUUAAGUCAGCUGGAACGAUUUAACCAAAACAAAAAGAAACAUUUUCCUGACACUUUUUACGUAAAAGAACAUGACAUUACAUCUAGAUGCCUCUGCGUUUGGAUUCGAUAGUAAUGUAUUGCACUGUAUACCAGCUGGUACGAUUCAUAUUUCAUCAUGCAGUCAAUAAUCAACUUAAUUCUCCACUCGGUUAAGAAUGGGAGUUUCGCCUUCGGCCUCAAACAACUUAUCUGAGCAUCAUAGGCCAACAACAUCAACACUAAACACAUUCACUCUUCUUAACUUUAUUUACAACAAAUGUCACUUUUAAAUUCAGAGUGCAUAUUUUGUUCAACACAGCCGGUCGUUCACUGCAUAAAUAAUGUAAUAAUACAGACUUUACAGUGGCUGAAAAACAGAGGCCGCUUUAAAGAUAAUCAAAAUAACUGUAUAGAAAUGCAUUGAUAAAGAUAUUAUAAUUCUGAAAGUUUUAAAGUGCUUUGUUUUCAAGAUUGUUAUUUGUACAGUUGGUUCUGUGUAAACAACUCAAAGGGUUACUCGUAGCUGUUCAGAUAUUUCCUGUACAGCGUCUUGGUUUGGUUUUUCUUUAAUAACCAGCAACGGAUUAACUCUGACAUCCAAGACUGAUUUCUAUGUUAUGUUGUUUGUAUCACUGUGUGUGACACGAACACUGUACAUGGCGUGUGCAUUAUGACUCCAGCAGCAGCUCAUCAUCAAGGCGAGUGUAAUACUAGAUGUGUAAAUGCCUUGAUUUUGAUUGAAUGUAUACAAAAACAGAUGGUUGGAGUUCUUUUUCUCGAGAUGUUUUCCUGGAUUAUACAGUUUUGGUGGACAGUCAGGGUGUUUUAGUUUUUAUUUAACUAAUAUUAUUCCUACUGUGGCUAAUAGAAAGUAUGGUUGAAUAGAUUAAAACUAGGUUCUGAAAGGUUCUGAUCUAUAAAACUGGGCCUUUGAAUGACUAUGAUUAUAUUUGUGAGUGGAUGGAAAUCAACAUGUAAUAGAGGAAUGUUGCCGAAUCUAGAAUGUAAAAAAAAGAGGCAUAAAACAACCCUACUGCAGUAUUGUAUGUAUUUUUGUGUUUAUCUGAAGACUCAACUGAGUGUACAUGUCUUUGAUGUAAGCAUCUCUCUCCAUUUGUAUUUUUUUACUCAUGCAAUGAUUCAUAGAGCAUUCAUUAUCAAUACACUAAGGCUACUGCCCAAGCUGUGGUGUUG